AUGGAGUGGCCCUGGCCCCAGAAAACUGAUCGCUUCCAUCCCAUCGCGACCGCAGCCGCCAACAACAACGAGACCGAGGUCUUUGCAAUUCUGAGAGUCGCUCCAGGAACGGAGAAGCAGGAACUCAGCGAUAUCGCCUUGAAGUACGGAGCUAAACAUGGUCAUAUAUCCCUAGUCAAGACCCUCCUACGCAGGACCAACGCCCGGGUCUGCCCAGAGACAGCGGCCCCUGAGCUCAGACAACUCCAUGCAGAGCAUACGGGGUUCUUUGGCAGCCCCGUGACGGCGCUGCAUCUCGCGGUGAAGAAUAAGCAUUACGAGACAGUCAGAGUCCUCCUAAACAGCCGACGCUAUCUUCCCUUUGUGAGCUGGUAUCCGCGCGCGGGAUACUGGAUGUCGGCGAUCUUCGUCGCGGUGGAGAAUGGGGAUCUGGAAAUGGUACGGCUGAUGCUGGAUAACGGAGUGGAUGUAAACUACGCUUUCCGAUGCCUGGACUGCCAGCGUAGAGCGUUCAAGCUGCUCGCAGACUGCAAGCACUGCGGGUGGAUGGAGUGGCAGUCGAUGAAGACCGUCCGCGAGCGCGAGCCGAUGAACUCGUUCAUCAGGGGGAAGACGGCAUUGGACGUUGCUGCUGAGCGAGGACAGGCACAGAUAGCGGAGCUUCUCCUUGCAUGCGGUGCGAAGAGGGAAGCGUGUGUAAAGUUCUCCCCAUUGAUGGCAGCGGCCGAGCACGGGCACGCCGCCGUUAUUCGGGCGUUGCUGAAAGCGGAUCGUGGAUUUGACGUAGAUGAGUUGCUCGUUGAAGAAAUCUAUCCCCUGUCCCUGGCAGUGGAGCACAACCACCGCGAGACCGUCGAGACCCUCCUUGCCGCUGGUGCGCGGGUGGCAAACGGCAUGGUUAACCCAACGGGUGUCUUAUUCAAGGCAACGAUUAGGGAGGACCUUAGUUUGACCCAGCUUCUCCUCAAGCACGCGCCAGAUGGGUUUCACCCAGAGGUAAUGGACCGCGCGCUUGCGGAAGCAGCGAAAACGGGGAACGCACCGUUAUUUAAUACGUUGAUGGACUAUGCGCUGGACAAGGUCAAGGAGCCCAUCGACUAUUCCAGUCCGCUAGUCCAAGCGGCGCAGAGCGGCCACGCGAACAUGGUGCAACGCAUGAUCGUUACAUGGACUGUAACUGGAAGCGUCCGGUCCUUCCAGAUUCGGCAUGCGAUCUGCUUAGCGGGGCGGUACGGACACGAUGAUGUUAUCCACCGGCUCCUGGACUGGGACGAGAGCGCGGAGAACCGCCCUAUGUAUCUCUUAUCCGCCCUUUACGGUGCCAUCUACGGGGGAAGGCUGUCUACUGUUCAGAAGCUGGCCACGCUCGGCGCUGACCUGCAUGGCAUCCUCCCGCUCCGCCAGACUACUACUGGAAUCGAGUACCCCCACACAUUACUACACUACGAGCUUCGACACACGCUCCAUGCAGCAGCUUAUUAUAAUAGGCCAGAUAUCGUCCAGUAUCUCCUCAAGCAAGGCGCUGAGGUCAACCAGCGUGGGCCGCUAUCAUAUACCGCCCUCCACCAUGCGUCUAAGCAUGGGCACACGGAGGUCGUGAAAGUCUUGCUGGAUCACGGCGCUGCGGUAAAUCUACGUGACGAAUCAUGGGGAUGGACCCCGCUCCACGCAGCUGCGAGUCAAGGGAGUUCGCAUGUCAUUGAGCUUCUGUUGGAGCACGGAGCAGAUGUUGGCAUGCUGGCUGGAGAGAACGGGGCCCGGACGCCGCUGUAUGAGGCUGCGUAUGGUGGGAACCAGCGGGCGUUUGAGAUUUUGGCGGAGGCUGGGGCGGAGGAUAGUGCUGAGUUACGCAAGCUGCUGAGGAUUGCAAUUUCGGAAAAGGAGAAUUGGUAG